CAUAAACAUUCUUCUAGCAUCCAAACCGAUCAUCACCGCUGAAACGAAGAAACACCUCAACCACCCCAGCCACACACCUUUUCUUUAAAUUUUUUCCCUUUCUUUUUUUGUGUUUCCCUCCUCCAUCCACUCCUUUUUGAACCUGCAAAGAAAAAAUGGCUGAAGGUGUGCUUUUCAAUACUGCGGAGGAAAUAAUAAAGACAUUAGGUUCCCUAACUGCUCAGGAGGCUGCACUAUGGUGGGGGCUCAAAGAUCAAUUGCGGAAACUCAAUGACACAGUUACCAGGAUUAAGGCUGUGAUUGAAGACGCUGAGGAGCAGGCACAAAAACACAACCAUCAAAUCCAAGACUGGCUCAUGAAGCUGCGGGAAGCUGUAUAUGAUGCCGAGGAUUUGCUGGACGAUUUCUCAAUACAAGUUGUGCGGAAACAGUUGAUGCCUGGGAAAAGAGUAUCGAGGGAGGUAAGCCUUUUUUUCUCAAGAUCAAACCAAUUUGUGUAUGGUUUACGGAUGGGUCAUAGAGUUAAAACACUUAGAGAGAGACUAGAUGGCAUUGAAAUUGACAGUAAAAAAUUCAACUUUGAUGUUCGUGAUGAGGAGAGAGCUUCUUUGACCAUGGUCAGGGACCAAACUACCUCAUCUGAACCUGAAAUAACAGUUGGGAGGGAGAGUGACAAAAAGACAGUUAAAACGUUUCUGAUGAAUUCCAACUAUGAACAUAAUGUUUCUGUCAUCUCCGUAGUUGGAAUGGGAGGAUUGGGGAAGACCACACUAGCUCAACAUGUUUUCAAUGAUGAGCAAGUUAAGGCGCACUUUGGUGUGAGACUCUGGGUAAGUGUCUCAGGCAGCUUAGAUGUUAGAAAGAUUAUCAAAGGGGCUGUAGGUACUGGAGAUUCUGAUGAUCAGUUAGAGAGUCUGAAAAAAAUGCUUGAAGGGAAAAUAGAAAAAAAGAAGUAUCUUCUUGUGUUAGAUGAUGUGUUGGAUGGUAAGGAUGAUGGUGAAAAAUGGGAGAGUUUGAAGGAGUUAUUACCACGUGAUGCAGUAGGAAGUAAGAUUGUGGUAACUACACGUUCUCAUGUGAUUGCCAAAUUAACAAGCACAAUAGAACCACAUGUUUUAAAAGGUCUGUCUGUAGAUGAUUCAUGGGAUCUGUUUAGAAGAAAGGCAUUUCCUCAAGGCCAGGAGUCGGGUCAUGUAGAUGAGAGAAUUAGAAAAGAGAUUGUAGAGAGGUGUUGUGGAGUUCCUUUGGUCAUAAAGGCAAUUGCGAGGUUAAUGUCUUUGAAAGAUAGAGCCCAGUGGUUGCCCUUUAUCCAACAAGAACUUCCAAAUAGGGUCAAAGAUGAUAACAUCAUAGAUACCCUUAAGUUAAGCUACGAUCCUCUUCCAUCAUAUUUGAAGCAUUGCUUUGCAUACUGUAGCUUAUUCCCGAAAGGUCAUGAGAUAGAUGUCAAAUCAUUGAUUCGACUUUGGAUUGCACAAGUGUUUGUUAGCUCUUCGAAUUUGGGUGAGUGCUUAGAAAUUGUUGGUCUUAGGUGCUUUGAGAGUUUACUAUGGAGGUCCUUCUUUCACGAAGUGGAAAAGGAUAGAUUUGGGAACAUAAAAAGUUGCAAAAUGCAUGAUUUUAUGCAUGAUCUUGCAACCCAUGUUGCUGGUUUUCAGAGCAUCAAAGUGGAGCGUGGAGGAAAUAGGAUUAGUGAAAUGACUCGGCACGUGUCAUUUGACACAGAAUUGGAUUUGUCCCAACAAAUUCCAAUUCCUUUGCUUUGUGCAAAAAGUCUAAGAACACUUAUAUUAUUGCAAGGUGGCGAAUGGGAUGAGAGGCCAUGGGUGUCAAUUUGUCAAAACUUUAGGCGUUUACGUGUGCUUGUUUUGAGUCAUUUGGGAAUUGAGGAAGUGUCACCUCUCAUUGAAAAUAUCAAGCAUCUGAAAUAUCUUGAUCUUUCAAAUAAUGAGAUGGAGGCGCUUCCUAAUUCUGUCACCAGUCUGGUAAAUUUGCAAGUGCUCAAGCUCAAUGGUUGUGAUAACCUUGAGGAACUACCAAGAGAUAUUAUUAAGCUGAUCAAUCUGAGGCAUCUUGAUGUUGGUUGCACUCUUGAUGAAGAUUUAUGUGAAUAUUUAGAGUAUAUGCCUCGUGGGAUUGGGAAAUUAACUAGUCUACAGACAUUGUCAUGUUUUGUGGUUGCAAGAAAUAGGAGUCCUGAAUCUAAGAUUAUAGGUGGAUUGGAUGAGUUGAGAAUAUUAAAUGAAUUGAGAGGUGGCCUAGAAAUAAUAGUCAAAGGAUACGAGGGGUCUUGUAUAUCAGAAUUUGAAGGAGCUAAAUUGAUCGAUAAAAAAUAUCUUCAGUCGUUGACCGUACGGUGGGACCCAGAGCUGGAUAGUGAUUCAGAUAUUGAUUUGUAUGAUAAAAUGUUGCAAAGCCUCCAGCCAAACUGGAGUCUUCAAGAGUUGAGAGUUGAAGGCUAUGGAGGUAUGAGGUUUCCAAGUUGGGUUUCAAAUAUCUCAAAUCUUGCAAGGAUUUGUCUGGAAAGCUGCAAAAGACUUAAGCAUAUCCCUCCCUUAGAUGGAAUCCUUUCUCUUGAAGAAUUAAGUAUUGUGGGAUUGGAUGAUUUGGAGUACAUAGAUAGUGAGGGGGAUAGAGGAAGAGGAGCGUCGACGUUUUUCCCAUCCUUAAAGACACUUGUUAUCUAUGGUUGUUUUAGACUGAAGGGAUGGUGGAAGAGAUGGAGUAGAGAUGAGAUGAAUGCUGAUAGUGAUGAGUCAACAAUAAAAAUGCUCUGUUUUCCACGUCUUUCUUCCUUGUGCGUUUCUGAUUGUCCAAAUCUGACUUCAAUGCCGUUGUUUCCAACUCUCGAUGAAGGUCUUGAUUUGCGGAGUACUAGUUCAAUGCCAUUACAGCAGACAAUGAAGAUGAAAUCACCAGUCUCUUCUUCUUCUUCUUCUUCAUUUAUCCGUCCUCUCUCCAAAUUGAAGAAUCUAGCUAUGUGGUUCAUUGAUGAUAUGGAAUCUCUUCCGGAAGUAGGGCUGCGAAAUCUCUCUUCUCUUCAACAGCUAUGGAUUUCGGGAUGCGGAAGAUUGAAGUCUCUGCCACUGCCUGAUCAGGGGAUGCAUUCUCUUCAGAAAUUAGAAGUCUCUUCUUGCAGAGAAUUGAAGUCGCUAUCAGAAUCUGAAUCUCAAGGGAUGAUACCCUACCUUCCCUCUUUGCAAUUGUUAAGAAUCGAUGACUGCAGUGAAGAGGUGAGCGUAAGAGCGAGAGGAUGGGGAAAGGAGAGGGAGGAGGAGUGGCCUUCUAACAUUAAACACAUUCCAGAUAUUGUAAUUGAUGGCGACUACAUUCAAAAGGAGGGUCGCUAUUUAAAGGGUGAAGGAUUGAGAUGGUACUACUAAGGAGUAUUUUCACCGAACAUACAUACAAACACUUACACACGAGUGUGUAUGAAAGGUUUCUCUUAUUAGAAUCAGACACAGAGCAUCUUUUGAUACUGUGGAUUUGUUGUAUUUUCCAGAGCAGCG